AUGUCGAAGAUACCAGCGCCCUUCGCAGAUCCCCUGUGGCUCUCUCGCUCCGCAAGCCCGUACUACAGCGAAAGCCACCGUCGUCUGCAGAAAGAAACGCGCGAGUACGUCGAUACAUACAUCAGCCCCUUCUGCGAACAAUGGGAGCGUGAGGGGCGUGUUCCGCCAGAGGCCAUCAAAAGGCACGCCGACCUGGGCUACAUGGCCGUCUCGGUCUACCCCCUCGCAGUGGAAUACCUCACAAGCCGCCGCUUACCGGCAGGCAUCAAGGCACGCGAGUGGGACGGCUUCCACGACCUCAUUGUCAUCGAUGAAAUCGCCCGCUGCGGAUACCUGGGUGUUAUCUGGGCUCUGACGUGCGGGAAUUCCAUCGGGGCGCCGCCGUUGGUGAACUUUGGGACGGACGAGCAGAAGCGGAGGUUUCUGCCGGGUAUUCUUGACGGGACGUCGAGGUUUUGCUUGGGGGUUACGGAGCCGGACGCGGGCUCGGAUGUAGCGGGUAUCACCACAACCGCCGAACGCCACGGAGAUGUUUAUAUCGUCAACGGGGCGAAGAAAUGGAUCACGAACGGGAUCUUCGCCGAUUACUGCACGGCGGCAGUGAGGACGGGGGCAGAGGGGGGGAAAGGAGUCUCGGCGUUGAUCAUCCCACUGAACGCGAAGGGCGUUUCCCGACGGAAGAUUGCAAACUCGGGGGUUCUUGCGAGUGGAUCCACGUAUCUCGAAUUCGACGACGUCGAGGUUCCCGUCGCGAAUCUUCUCGGCAGAGAGAAUCACGGCUUUGAGAUUGUCAUGUCGAACUUCAACCAUGAACGCCUCUGGCUCGCCUGCACCAGCCUCCGAAUGGCACGGUGCUGCGCGGAAGACGCGUACGACUAUGCCGCCGUGCGCGAGACAUUCGGCAAGACACUGGUCACCAACCCCGUCAUCCGGUGCAAGAUCAGCUCGUUCGGGCGCAAGCUGGACUCGGCCUAUGCCUGGAUGGAGCAGCUCGUGUACUUGAUCGAGUCCUCGAAGACGACCGGCGCCGAUGCGUAUGUCAGCGGCCUCAUUGCCAACCUGAAGGUCCUGGCGGGCCAGACGCUGGAGCACGUCAACCGCGAGUCCCAGCAGAUCCUGGGCGGAGCGGGAUACUCGAAGAACGGACGAGGGGCGCGGAUUGAACAGAUUAGUCGGGACGUGCGAGUCAUGGUUGUCGGGGGGGGCAGCGAGGAGAUUCUGACGCAGCUGGCUGUGAACCAGGAGGUGAAGGCUGCUGGGAAGCUGCACGCACGCCAGCAGAAGUUGUAG